AAAACUUUUCCACUUACCAGAUUGACAAAAUAUCAAGUCUGAUCACAAAUCAGUAAGACCGUGAGGAAACUAUUCAAAAAAAGUCUGACAGUUUCCUUUAAAAGCGGUAAGCGUUCAACUACCCGAGCCAUUCACUGGAUGUCUGUAUGUGUACUUAAGUGAGUGCUUGCUGGUUUGGAAGAAGCUUGAGCGGUCUACAGGGUGGUGAGCGACAGCCUGAGAUGGUAACUUAAACUGAAACCUACGGGAAAAAACAGCGAUUACAACCUCCGUGCUUCAGUUUCCUUAUCUGCAAAAGGCGGCCGACAACGCGAAGUGGUGGGAAGGAUCGGCGAUGGAGUAGGCGAAGGGACCCGCUUUCAUAACUGCCACCCACGCUAACGUCCCUGCUAACGUUCGGGACGGCCCCAACACCGACGGGACCCGAGGCGCCGGUCCGGGGGCCAGACCGGGGAACCGGGGAGCACCAGUCGGCCCUCGCUCCCCAAUCCUCCCCGCGGCGGGCCCCCGCGCUCUUCCCAGGUCGGCCCCGGGCCGCCGAGAGGCGUGGCCGGCCUGCGCGUCCCUGGCGGCGGCCAUGGCCUCGGUGGUGGAGUACAAAGGCCUCAAGGCCGGCUACCACUGCGGCUACUGCGAAUCCGAGGAGGGCAAGGUGUCUUGCGGCAUGUGGGCACAUACCAUGACCGUACAGGAUUAUCAGGAUCUUAUAGACCGAGGCUGGCGGAGAAGCGGGAAAUAUGUGUACAAACCUGUCAUGAAUCAAACGUGUUGUCCUCAGUACACAAUAAGGUGCCGACCUUUACAGUUCCAGCCAUCAAAAUCUCACAAGAAGGUUUUGAAAAAAAUGUUGAAAUUUCUGGCUAAAGGAGAAAUUUCCAGAGGAAAUUGUGAGGAUGAGCCUAUGGAGCCUACCAUGGAGGACGCUGUUGCUGGUGACGUUGCGUUAAUCAAUAAGUUGGAUAUACAAUGUGACCUUAAAACGCUCAGUGAUGACCUCAAAGAGAGCUUAAAGAGUGAAGAGAGGAAGAAAGGAAAAAGCGCAAAGAAAGCAGAAUCUCAUGACUUAAUUCAGUCACAAAAUAUAGAAGCAAAGUUGGGCUCUGGUGAACCAUCACACUCAAUUGGAGUACUUACAGUUCCUAAGCCAGGCAAAGGGGCAGAUUUGAGUAAGCCUCCAUGUCGAAAGGCAAAGGAAAUCCGGAAAGAAAGGAAGAGGUUAAAACUCAUGCAGCAGAACCCAGCUGGAGAACUCCAGGGCUUCCAGAGUCGGGGUGAAGCACUGUCUUUGUUCCCACCCAAGGCUAGAUCCAACCAGCCCAAGUCACUUGAAGAUUUAAUUUUUGAAUCUUUACCAGAGAAUGCAUCACACAAGUUGGAGGUGAGGGUGGUGAGAUCAUCUCCACCAAGUUCUCAGUUCAAAGCCACAAUGCUGGAGUCCUUCCAGGUCUAUAAACGUUACCAGAUGGUUAUCCACAAGCAGCCACCUGAUAAACCAACUGUGAGCCAGGUGAGGUUAGUACCUGUCUCCUUUGAGGACCCAGAGUUCAAGUCGUCCUUCAGCCAGUCAUUUUCUUUAUAUGUCAAGUAUCAAAUGGCCAUACACCAGGAUCCGCCCGAUGAAUGUGGGAAGACCGAGUUCACAAGAUUCCUUUGCAGCUCACCUCUGGAGGCAGAGAAUCCUCCUAAUGGACCAGCUUGUGGUUAUGGCUCCUUUCACCAGCAGUAUUGGCUCGAUGGGAAGAUCAUUGCUGUAGGGGUGAUUGACAUCCUUCCAUACUGUGUAUCGUCUGUAUAUUUGUACUACGAUCCUGAUUAUUCAUUUUUGUCUUUGGGUGUCUACUCUGCACUACGAGAAAUUGCUUUCACUAGGCAACUUCAUGAAAAAACAUCUCAACUCAGCUAUUACUAUAUGGGUUUCUACAUUCAUUCAUGUCCCAAGAUGAAAUACAAGGGUCAUUACAGGCCUUCCGAUUUGCUGUGUCCUGAGACGUAUGUCUGGGUGCCCAUCGAGCAGUGCCUGCCUUCUCUCGAGAACUCCAAGUACUGCCGCUUCAACCAGGACCCGGAAGCAGUGGACGAAGGUCGCAGUAAGGAGCCUGACCGAUUGCAGGUGUUUCACAAGAAAGCCAUACUGCCUUACGGGGUAUAUAAGAAACAGCGCAGAGACCCGAGCGAGGAGGCCAGCGUGCUGCAGUACGCCAGCCUGGUGGGGCAGACCUGUGCCGAGCGGAUGCUGCUCUUCAGGAGCUGAGAGGCGCCGCUGCCUCUGCCUGGCCCCCCGCCCGGCCAUGGUCUGAGUCACCGUCCAGAUGCAUCGCUCGGGGGAUCCCGGAACCGUCCACAAGUUUGACUAUGAGUUUUUAUUUUGACUGUUAUAUGGCUUUUCUAAAACACUUUGUGGCAAUGUAUUUGUGGCAUCUCAUGGUUAAUAUAAAGGUUUUUAAAAUGUUACAACUGAGCCUUAUAAUUGGGGUUUAUCAUUUUGGAAGUUGGUUUUAUGAACAAGAAAUGGUAAGCUUUUCUUACUGUUAAUAUUUUGGAAAGUAAAAUUAAUAAGUGAAUCUUAAGUAAUUUAAUUACAGUCGUACUGAUUUUGUUCUGUUAGAGAAAUCAAAACACUUUCCUCAAAUCCAGUUAAAACAUGAGUUUAUGUUAAAAAACCUUCAGUGUGGGAACGAAGGUAGAAAGUCUAUUUCAUCACUUAGAAAAUGUCUUCUCAAGAGAACAAAACUGCUGUUACUCAGUGUUCAAUAUUAAGUUACUGCCGAAUGCUAUGUAGUUCAGUAGAGAAUUCAGAAAAAGAAAAUGCAGAUGUUAAAAGAAGGAUGUGUUGGCACCAGGUGUCUGUUUACCCAGGACGAUUCUGCUCUUCAUGUCUGCUGUCUUGGCAUGACUUUUUUUUUGCCUAGAAUAAUUAUUGCUACUGCUCCCUUUUACUCUGAGCAUCCCAAUUUAGACAAUAAAGUCUGUUUAUCCUAGUUAUAUCAUGUGUUCUAUUUCUAAAAAUCUAAGAAAUGGAGCUUUUUAAGAAAAAUGUUGGCUCCUGCCUUCACCUAAUCCUCAUCAGAAGUAAAUAUACACUAGUUUUUUAUUCCUUACAACUCAGGACACCUGUCAUUGGUUAUUGAUUAAAAAUUAGUUAAUAUCUGAUUACUCGUAUAGCUAUACUACGAGUCACAUUUGAUUGGGAAUCAUUUUGACCUAAAGAAUCCGUUUCUGGCCCACUGAUUGGGGUGUCAGAGAGAGAUGCUACACUAGUCAUUUGAAGCAGAAGCGGCCAUCUUUCCCUCUCACUUCCUUUGGUUUGGUCCUUUGCCCAUUCAGCAGAUGUGCUAUGUCCACCACUGUCAGGGUGGCCGGCACUGUGCUGGGAGGAAGGGAGAGAACCAGACAUGUUGGUUCACAGUUACGGUCGAGUGGUGUUGGGCACAGGGUGAAGGACAGGGGUGGGUCAUCGUCUUGUGCUCUUUCUCAGCCGAUCCCCACCCUCUGUUGCCAACUGCUUGGCCACCGAAUCCUUUUCAGUCCCCAUUUUGCCCAUUUGUCUAUUUUGUAUGAUUGAUCUUUUUGAAAACCAUAUUCUAAAACUUAGUAGUUUUAAUUCCACUGCUGAUUUUAAACUUCUGAAUGCACUGAAUUUAAAUAAAACGUUAGAAAACAAUGAUUUUAAAAGUCAAACAUCUAGAAAUGGAACAUCCAAUCCAAAUAAACUGUACGUAUUCAUUCAGAACGUGUGUGCAACCCCUGCCGUGUGCAGGUACUUUGCUAACUGGGGUUAGAGUAGCGAACAGAGCCAUUUUCUCCGAUAGCGUGGAUUUUACGUUCUUCUGGAAUUUUGUCCUUCAGAAUAGUCUCUCAAGAGCAUUUGAUGGACUCUUAUUUGGAACUGCCUUCAGAAUCGGUAGAAUAUUUUUUUCUUUCCCCCUCUAAAAUGAAGAUAGUUUAAUUUUUUAUGACUACAAAAAUGAUACUGUGAGCAAUUUCAAACAUUAAGAAAAAUAUAAAUAAGAAAGUAAAAAUAAUCUGAAAUCCUGCCAUACCAGAGAAAGAAUUGCCAUACACACGCACACACACACUCACACACUCACACACACAUAUAUAAUUUUAAUGUAAAUAGAAUUACGCUCUACACCCUGUUCUGUUUUCUCAAUCAGUUAUGGACAUCUGCAAUUAGAAAGAAAUUUCAAGAUAGGAUUUCAGAAGUGUCAUGAGUAACCUCGGUGUUGCUGAAGUCAGCAAGGGGGCCAGUGUUCGGUCCCCUGGACAUUUGGUUGUCCAGGCUGAUGUCAGCCGCGUCUUACACCUCCUUUCGUCUCAGUGAUUAGCAUGUAGGGUGGUGGCCAUGAAGAUCUACCCUGGAGUCUCAAGUGAGGAGAAAACGAAUCCUACCACAACUCUGCAGAAUUCAGUAAAGGGUCCCUUCAGAGGAAGACGAUUAACCAUCCCUGUCUGGGGGCUGUGAUGCUCGUCCUGAGGGCGGCUUCUCGGUCUGCUCCAGCAGAGCUCGGGUGCAAAGAUUCUCCUGCUCAGUUGCUAUUUCUAUGUGUUUUUUAUUGUUGUUGUUGUUGUUGUUUUUGAAAGUCCUAUUCUGAUCCCAAUAAGGAAAAUUUUUUCAAAAGGCAAAUUAUUCUUCUGAGUCCUAGUUGAGCGAAUAUUGACAGUGGGUUAAAAAGGACAGUCAAGGAGAGUGACUUGACUUUGUCAGUUGACAAGCAAUCUAGCCGAGAAAUCUGACUUUAUGUUAAUGGCUUUCAUCUAGAGAAAGACACAUGAGAACCUUUCAAAGACAGUUUAUAUCUUUUCAAGGCUGGAAGCUUUGCAUUUAUAAUCUUAGUGCUGUAAUCGUUUUCUGAUUUCAAAUAAAUUUGUACCUACUUUGCUGUGUUGGGGAUCAGAAUGUACUAGAGAUUCCCCAUGCUACCAUCUUUAUUUAAAUUAUUUUGGUUAUGAUGAGAAUUUCAUUAUCUUAUUUUUAAAAGUAUAAUCUGAGCACUUUUUUAUAUUCUAAAAGAGAGAGGCUAUUAUCAGAUAAAUAUAUUCAUUUGAUUAAAAUUAUUUAGAUAAGAAAUUAUUGUUUGUUUACUUUCAAACAGUUUAUUCUAUUUUUUUUUAUAACUUGCAUAAUAUCAGUUGUGUGGUUUCUCAACAUAUAGGGGUCUAUUAUGUAAAUGAACCUUUUCAGAUUUUGGAACAAUAUAUGGUUUGAUUUAUAGGCUUUAUAUUAUUUCAUUAUGAAUAAAGAUGAGAAAGAAUAUGAUGACUUACCUAAAAUAUGUCUAUUGAUGCUAACUUUAAAGCAAAGGGACAUAAAAUGGAAACAAUUGGGAAAUGUUUAAAUUAGAAGUUGUUCGAAUUUGUAUUCUUUUCCAAAAGAAAACCGGUGACUAUAAGACAAGACAAGUUUGUUUGCAUGUGGUACUUUUUGCUCUUGUAUGUGCUGUUUAAACAGUCCAUUUGAUAGAGCUCAAAUGGAAAAAAUAAAGCUGUUUCUAUCUGCA